AUGAUUUCCAGUAAUAAUAAAACCUUUACUCUUCUCUCAAAUAGAGAUAUAGAAAUUUGUAUUGAUGAAAAUAAUAAUGAGUUUAUUGAAUAUGAAUAUAUAAAGUUUUACAUCUCAAUAGAUAGUGAUUCAUUCAAAUUAGAUGAUAAUGAUUGUAUAGCAUUAAAAGACAUUAGUGAUAUUUCAACAAAAUUAAAAAAUCAAUUACCUUCAAAUGUAAUGCUAUUGGAUGGAUUUAAUCAAAAAUUAACACCAGGUUUACUACCAGAUGGUAUUGAAUCAUUAUAUUUAGGUGAUAUUAAAUAUGAAUUAAUGAUUGGUUCAAUUCCUAAUACUGUAACGAGUGUCUAUUUAUUAGAUGGAUUCAAUCAUAAAUUAGUGCCAGGUAUAUUACCAAAAAGUGUUUAUUCUUUAUAUUUAGGUGAUAUAAACCGAAAAUUAAAAAUUGGUUCAAUUCCUAACACUGUAACGUGUGUUCAUUUAUUGGAUGGAUUUAAUCAAAUAUUAACACCAGGUAUAAUACCAGAUGGUGUCAAAUGGUUGUAUUUACAUGAUAUAGAACAGGAGUUGAUAAUUGGUUCAAUUUCAAGCACUGUAAAGAAUAUAUGUUUAGAGGAUGGAUUUAAUCAAAAAUUAACACCAGGUAUAUUACCAGAUGGUAUUGAAUGGUUGUAUCUACAUGAUAUAGAACAAGAAUUAAUAAUUGGUUCAAUUCCUAAUACUGUAAAGAAUGUAUAUUUAGAAAAUGGAUUCAAUCAAAAAUUAAUACCAGGUAUAUUACCAAAUAGUGUUGAAUGGUUGUUUUUAGGUGAAAUUCAAAAAGAAUUAAUGAUUGGUUCAAUUCCUAAUACUGUAAUCCAUGUCACUUUAUUUGAUGUAUUUAAUCAAAAACUAACACCAGGUAUAUUACCAGAUAGUGUUAAAUGGUUGGGUUUAUAUGAUAUAGAACAAGAAUUAAUGGUUGGAUCAAUUCCUAAUACUGUAGAGGGUAUCUAUUUAUUUGAUGGAUUCAAUCAAAAAUUAACACCAGGUAUAUUACCAGAAGGCGUUGAAUGUUUGUUUUUAUAUGAUAUUAAACAAGAAUUAAUGAUCGGUUCAAUUCCUAAUACUGUAAAGAAAGUAUUUAUUUAUAAAAGUUUUAAACAACAAAUUGAACCUUAUGUUUCUGAUAUUGUUAAAAUAACUAAAUAUUAG